CAGGAGAUGACGGCGUGGGCGGGAGCAGCGAUGUAAACAUGUUAGCCGCUGAUUAGCUCCACUGUGGCGACGCUAGUUAACCUUUCACCGCCUUAGCCCGUCCUCCCGAACCUUGGACCCCCGGAUCUGCGCUUUAAUGGCCGGCGUCGCCCUGAGGUGCUCCGCUGUCUGGCGCCGUGUCACAUUAACAAGCUCAGUCCGAUCCAACAUUCCCAGCCUGAAGUUUCACACCACAGCGUCUCCCAUGAUGGGUGUGACGGUGGAGCAGUUUGAGCAGGCGAAGAGCAAACUGUCGACGCUGAAGAACGACCCGGGCAACGAGGUCAAACUGAAGAUCUAUGCUCUCUUCAAACAGGCCACCCAGGGUCCCUGCAACGCUCCCAAACCCGGCAUGCUGGACUUUGUCAACAAGGCCAAGUGGGACGCGUGGAAGUCUCUGGGCUCCAUCUCACAGGAUGAAGCCCGACAGAAGUACUGCGACCUGAUUGGCUCCCUGGUGGAGGCAGAGACUGGAAGCUCCGCCCAGGUGAGCGCACAGCCAGCUGGGAGCGGUGCGACCUACGAGACGCUGUUGGUCACCAAGGAGGAUGACAUCACCACCAUCAAACUGAACCGACCGGCCAAGAAGAACGCCAUCACGACCGAGAUGUACAAGGAGAUCAUCGCCGCUCUGGAGCAGGCGGCCACGGACGACUCUGUCAUCACCGUCGUUACAGGCGCCGGCGAUUUCUACUGCAGUGGAAACGACCUCACCAACUUCACCAAGAUCCCGGAGAACGGGGUGGAGGAGAUGGCCAGACGUGGUGCAGAUCUGCUCAGGAAGUACGUGAACGCUUACAUAGACUUCCCCAAGCCGCUGGUUGCCGUGGUGAACGGACCGGCUGUGGGCGUGUCUGUCACUGUGCUGGGCCUCUUUGACCUGGUCUACGCGACAGAGAGGGCCACCUUCCACACUCCGUUCAGUCAGCUGGGUCAGAGCGCCGAGGGAUGCUCCUCCUACAUCUUCCCUAAACUCAUGGGUGCUGCUAAGGCCAGCGAGAUGCUGCUGUUCAACAAGAAGCUGACGGCGGUUCAGGCCUGCGAGCUCGGCCUGGUCACCGAGGUUUUCCCCGACAGCAGCUUCCAGUCGGAGGUCUGGACUCGGCUGAAGGCCUACGCCAAGCUGCCCCGCAACUCUCUGGCUCUGUCCAAACAGCUGAUCCGCUCGGUGGAGAAGGAGCGGCUGCACGCCGUGAACGACGCCGAGGUGGAGCGCCUGACGGAGCGCUGGACGUCAGACGAGUGUUUCAACGCCGUCAUGAGCUUCUUCCAGGCCAAGGCCAAACUCUGAGGAAGAGGAGGCGUGCAUGAUGAAGAUGAUGGUUAUUAAUUGUAAAUGUUGUAGAGUAACUUAGAGCAGACUGUAGGAUGUUUCGUGACCAAUCACAGCUCAGGUUGAGGCGCCACAGACAGAAAACAGUUCACAGGUGAUUCUCUGUAGUGUGAGCGCCACCUGGUGGGCGGGGUAGGGAGGUGCAGAGGCUCUGAGGCUGUGGCGGCAGGUCUCAUAUCAGUGAAUGAAACGCAGGCUUAAAGCUCACAGAGCUUCUGUCCUCAGCUGAUGUUUCAGGAGGAGUCAGUGUGAGUCUGAGCUGAUGGACCAGCUUCAGUUUUUACACCGUGAUGCUUUAGUGUGCUCACUGCUGUUAAAGUGCCUUAAACACUCUGUAACUGCUGCUCAGCGUUCUCCCACGUCUGUUUGUCCAAUAAAGUCAUAAUCACUCGA